AUAAGUUAAUAAGUAACACAAUAUUAAUAAUAUUUUUUUUAACCUGGAGUCAGUCCAUUUUUGCUGACUCCACCCAAAACUUAGUCUCCAUAGCCCUGGUUGGAGCUGCUCUGUGCCCUGGGAUGACGAGGGGUUGGCGCUAUCUUGGGAUUGUGAAGGUAGGAGCUAUCCUGGGAUGAUUAGGGAGUAGGGUUUGCAGGCACCUGUAUAUUGCAGUGUUGUGUACCAGGCUGUCCUGCUCCCCGCCCGGGACCUGUGUACUUUACGUAGAUAAGCUGAUUACUGCGGGUUCAGAGGUCGCAGGUCUAGUUUGUCGGCGGAUUAUCAUUAUCCUCACGGCUGAUAUCCAGCUCCAGUGAUCUGCAGGAAAAGUUUUUAUACUUCCUUUACAGCUUUGGAAUUUUUAUUGUACAGAAUUAUUAUCACAGAAACGUGUGCCAUCACAUUAUGAUCAGGGCAUCCUGUCUGUUGGGAACAGCCUGACACCAGCUGCUGGGUCCUGGAUGAGGAGGCUGCACGUCACGGGUAGGUGUUUUGGAUGAGGAGGCUGCACGUCACGGUUGGGGGGCUUGGAUUAGGAGGCUGCGCAUCAUGGGUAGUAGUCCUGGAUGAGGAGGCUGCACAUUGUGGGUGGGAGUCCUGGAUAAGGGGGCAACAUGUCACGGUUGGGGGUCCUGGCUGAGGAGCCUGCUCGUCAUGGAUAGAAGUCCUGGAUGAGGAGGCUGCACAUUGACACAAUGGCCGAGCCUCACAAAUUACAGAGAAAGAUGUCCCGGACAGGAACCUCCUUGUACAAGGUCCUGGGUUUGGAAAAGGGGGCGUCACAGGAUGACAUAAAGAAGGCUUACCGGAAACUCGCAUUACGGUACCAUCCAGACAAGAACCCCGACAAUCCUGAGGCUGCAGAUAAAUUCAAGGAAAUCAAUAACGCCAACACCACGCUGAGCGAUGAAAACAAGCGCAAGAUCUACGACGAAUACGGCUCCAUGGGCCUAUAUGUGGCCGAGCAGUUCGGGGAGGAAAGCGUCAAGUACUACUUCCUUAUGUCCAAGUGCUGGUUCAAGGGCCUGGUCAUCUGCUGCAGUAUCUUCACAUGUUGCUGUUGCUGCUGCUGUUGUGGUUUUUGCUGUGGUCGGUGUAAACCUUCUGAGGAAGAGGAUGAUUCUUACAAGUGUGUGAACCCCGAGGACCUGGAGGCCCAGAUCAGGGAGGAGGACGGUGACGUAAUCAACAAGCAGCCAUGUCCAGGAGCCACCGUCUACCCCGAGAAGCAGGAUUCAUAGUGAAGUCCUUGUCCUUUGUAGAACAGCGGUUUUGGACAGGAUUUCCCUUCUUCUGACUUCUGGGGACCCCAAUUUAGUGCUCUUCUGGAAGGAGGAGAGAGGUGGUUCUACCUGACCCAUAGCACUUUCUGCAGCAUCGCCAGUUCUUCUCCUGGAUGGACAGUCCCAUCACCCUUCUGCUUCUUCCCCCAGACCGCAAGGAGGAAGAGAUGACUUCUCACCAGGAAUGGGAAGACCAAACAUCUCUACCAAAGACUUGUCUGCCAUCCUUCCAUGAAUGAAGCACAGAACUGCUGUGACUCGGGAGCCGGUCUUAGAGCUUUGGCUUCCUAAUGGACAUUUUCCUAGUAGCCCUUUCCGUCCCACCGAUAUGUUGAGAACUUCCUGCAGACUAGCUUGAUAAGGGCUAAUGUAGCAAACAAGGGGCAUGAAAUGAUCCCACAUCCCUGUUCCACAACGUGUCCCGCACCUCAUUGGAUCCAAUUCUGGCUGAAGAUUUGAGCAGUGGUUGAGGAGACCCACACGUGGCUGGGUCAUUGUUUGCAUUGAAGGGUUAUAAACGUGAUGCCAAACACUACUGUGGAACACUGGUGGUCGGAGGCCCUGUCCUCUUCAUGUUCUGUGUGCAGCUGACCCCCACUACCAGCACACGACAACACUGCACACUGAAUCUGUUCUUUAAAGUAUUGGACUUUUUUUACAGGAUCUUUCUGAUGUUCGCACCUGUGUUUUUUCUUUUUCUUUUUUUUUUUUUUUUUUUUUAAUCGGCACUUUUUAUGUCGCCUGCACUGGGUGGUUCAUGUCUUACCCGCUCCAGUAUUGCAAGCGAUGCAGCCGCUCAUUCCCUCCCCCAGGAUGACACUUGUGUUGUGUGGAUUCCUGGGUGGCGCGGUGUACGGGAAACGGGAAAACACGUCCUUCACAUUCUCAUGGAUCUGUGGUAUUAUCGUGUCCCGCACAUGCGUUACGUCUCGUCUCCUUACCUUUUUAUACACUUUCACUGUGACUGCGGCAAUCAUCGCUCGGCCGAGCCGGUGGUGAUCUCCGUUCUGUACGGAUGAUUAUAGAAAAUCUUGUGUCGACUUUGCCAAAUGUCUCAUUUUGUCACCAGCACAUGCUGUUGCCAAUGAAUCGGGUUCUUGGGCAGUCGUGCGCCGCUCUGGCUCCAGGUGGGAGAGGACCAUCUCACUUAUCAUGAAGGUUUAAUAAAAAUGCAAGCGCCCCCUCA